CCCCACCCCCACCCCCCGUGAGGCGGCGCCGUGGGCGCGCCCGGAGCCGCCCGGCCGGGCGGGGCGGGCCGUGAGGAGGGCGCGCAGCGAUGGCGGCGGCCGAGGUGGCGCGGCAGGGUGAAGGCUGUCGUACUGUCCCCCUUUCUGGACACGUGGGAUUUGACAGUUUGCCUGACCAGCUGGUUAAUAAGUCAGUUAAUCAUGGGUUUUGUUUCAACAUCCUGUGUGUGGGGGAAACUGGCCUUGGUAAGUCCACCCUCAUGGACACCCUGUUCAACACCAAGUUUGAAGGUGACCCAGCAUCUCACUCGCAGCCUGGGGUCCAGCUCAAGUCUAGUACCUACGACCUGCAAGAGAGCAAUGUCAACCUCAAACUGACCAUCGUGAGCACAGUGGGCUUUGGGGAUCAGAUCAACAAAGAGGACAGCUAUAAGCCCAUUGUUGAGUUCAUCGAUGCUCAGUUUGAAGCCUACUUGCAAGAAGAACUGAAGAUAAAGAGGGUCUUGCACAACUACCAUGACACCCGGAUCCAUGCUUGCUUGUACUUCAUUGCUCCCACGGGCCACUCACUGAAAUCCUUGGACUUGGUGACAAUGAAGAAGCUUGACAGCAAGGUCAACAUCAUUCCUAUCAUUGCCAAAUCGGAUGCCAUUUCCAAGAGCGAGCUGACCAAAUUUAAAAUUAAAAUCACAAGUGAGCUGGUCAGCAACGGGGUUCAGAUCUACCAGUUCCCAACAGACGAUGAAUCGGUGGCGGAGAUAAAUGGGACAAUGAACGCCCACUUGCCAUUUGCAGUGAUUGGGAGCACAGAGGAACUGAAAAUAGGAAACAAAAUGAUGAAAGCUCGUCAGUACCCCUGGGGCACGGUGCAGGUGGAGAAUGAAGCUCACUGCGACUUUGUGAAGCUGCGAGAGAUGCUGAUCCGUGUGAACAUGGAAGACCUUCGUGAACAGACCCACACACGCCACUACGAGCUGUACCGGCGGUGUAAGCUGGAGGAGAUGGGUUUCAAGGACACCGAUCCAGACAGCAAACCCUUCAGCUUACAAGAAACUUACGAGGCGAAAAGAAAUGAGUUCCUGGGGGAACUGCAGAAAAAGGAAGAGGCAAUGAGGCAAAUGUUUGUCCAGAGAGUCAAGGAAAAAGAAGCGGAGCUGAAGGAGGCUGAAAAAGAGCUGCAUGAAAAGUUUGAUCGUCUGAAGAAGUUACAUCAGGAUGAAAAAAAGAAGCUAGAGGAUAAGAAGAAAUCUUUGGAUGAUGAAGUAAAUGCAUUUAAACAAAGGAAGACAGCAGCUGAAUUGCUCCAAUCUCAGGCUCAGCAGGCUGGAGGAUCGCAAACUCUUAAAAGAGAUAAGGAAAGAAAAAAUAACCCAUGGCUCUGUACUGAGUAAUUAUCCCUGAAUACAAUGGGCUGGAAUGGACCUUCAUUUACUUGUUAAAUCACAGGGUCUAAUAAAACGUGACAGCAUUUCAGCUGUGACCUUUCCAUGGUGUUACUCUUGCUCUCUCCUAUAUCCUCAUUGUGAACCUGACUUUACUAUGUACUGGUGAUUAUUGCUUUUAUUAAACAAUGUAAAAUGAGUCCUAACAAGCUUUUGGACACUGCAACUUUAAAUCUUAAUUUUUUUUUUCCAUGCAGUUAAUAGAUUCCCCUUUCUCCUGGUCCCUCUCCACCCAGAUAAUGUGGAAAUAAGUUCUGUGAGUUAUUUUUGCUGGCAAAAUAACAAUGCAGUUUAAAUGUAUUUAUUGGUGACUUUAAGGUGAGAACAGCACCUUAGUUAAAUUAUCACAUAGUCGAGAGAUUUAAAACUCUUUUCUUUUCAUACUCGGUGUCAUUUUCGUGACAUCACCUAUCUCUCUUAAUUUGCUUUUAUUUUUUCUUUUGCUAAUUCAUGCUACCUAAAGACUAGCAUUUAAUACUCAUUUCCAUUUCAGACUUGCUUGUUGUGACCCUGAUCCUUCAGUCACACUGCGUACAGGCACUGUCCGCAGGCAGGAUGAACCCGUGUGUCCUGACCCUGCUAAAAGAUCAGGCUGUGUACUAGCAAAUAGUUCCAACAAAAACCCUUUAAACCCCAGGUUUUUGGAUGAUAAGCACACCUCAGAGCUUGCCAGGAUAAGUAAUACCAUUUGUAGUGCAAACUGCUGCUGACAGUUGUACUAGGGAGGUGUUAGGGAUGGUGCUAAAACCUCACGAGCAGUUCUUCCAUUCCCAUUAGUCUUGCUGGCUUGCACCAAACUGCAGCCUGGCCUCUCCCAGCAAUCAAGGCAGCUAAAACUCUCGAUUGCAGUGUAUUUUCUCAGGAAUUGUUUCAAUAUAAAUAGGGUUUUAUUUCCUGAAAAGUUCUUUGGUUCUUUUUUUUUAAAGCAAAUUAAAAUAAUUGGAGUUUUUACUUCUUCCAUUACUGUUGAGUGCCUGCUCCCAAAACCAGUCAGCAUCAUUAUGUCAGUUUUUUUUGGGACAUCUGAUAAAAGAAGCAUUUAAUGUAGAUUAUUUAUUUUAACAGCAUGCCACAGAUCAACCACUGGUUGUUCUUCCUGGUUAUUUGCCUUAUUAGAAUGUAAUUAAAAGUUUUAUAAAUGAAAAAA